CACACGUAGACUUAACUUAGACCUUUGCUUUUUAGUCCCCUAAAAGUGGAACACUGUCACUCUGAUAGCGAACAUUCAGACUGUCAGACGCCUUCCAUCCUCAAUUAAAUUUAUGCCCGGCGCCGUAUCUCCUCGGUUUGCAAGUUGAUCGACAGGUGGUAUGGACGUAAGUAUGAUUGAUUCUGAAUUUAUGUAAGUGCCAGAUCCGGGGCCCAAUCAAUUCAAAUCCGUAUUUCCAGUUGAACCCCAUUUGGUGGCAAGGCGUACUCCAUUGCUGAACUAGUAAACGGGACCUAAUCGAGCAUGCAUAAAUGGACAACCCCUUGGCUUGAGACUACAGAGUACCGGCCAUCAACACCCACAUCCCAAUUAACUGCCUCUACCAGUUAUUUUCACUAUGGCACCAUCAAAGCGACAGCGACAGCGACAACGACGCGACUUCAAGUUCGCAAUCGUGGGGAUGCUCCACGACGCCAUCAAAGUCGAACUUACAACUAUUCCGCAUCAAAGACGAUGGGAAAGCUGGCACCCAGGCGAGGCGGAAGAUUUCAAGCAAUCCUCACCACCCACAUUUCCACCUGUUUUUUAUAACUUCGUUCUAGUUGUUGCUCACCAGGAGAUGUUACACUUGGCGCUCGCUGGAAAUCUCCUGACAUCAAUCGAGUCCGGGCCCCAGCUCUACUCUGCUGCAGUCCUGCCGACAUAUGGUCCCAACGAUGUCAUUCUUCAUUCAAAGAUCCCACUCAAACUCGAACCCUGUGGAAAAAGCAACCUCGAAUGCUUUUUGCAGAUCGAAGCUCCUUACCAGGCGCCACCAAAACUCGUGGAUGACGAAGAGAACGAUUCACUUCCAUACGCGGGUAUCCUCGCCACGUACAAUAGCAUCGGAGAGUUCUAUACCAAGCUUGAAGACAUGAUCAAAAAAUGCGGACCGUUUAUUACUUUCAAGAACAAAAAUCUGCAGUUUUCACCGACGGAAUUUUUCCCUACCGCGAUGACUCUAGUGACUGACCAAGAGUCCGCCCACCACACCUUGAAGACAAUUAUUGAUCAAGGCGAAGGUAGUGUUGGAGUCGAGGAUGCACAUUACCAGAUGUUCCUCGAACUUUACAAGAAGCACACCGAGUGGGAAUGUCACGCUGUUCCGACAUCGCCAACGACAAGUAUGUAUGUGGAUAACGUGCUUGUAUAUGCACUGGCGCGUGCAUCAAAUGCAGCCUAUUGCUACCUGCUUAUCACCAUCCAGAAGACCUGGCAAGUUAGCGAUCUUGUUCUUCGGCGCGCCCUUAUCUCCAACAUGCAUUCGAUUAUGAUCAACAUAAUCACACCCCUGGCCGAGUUUAUGGUUAAGGAACCAUUCGGGGAAGGGGACGGUACAGCUGCUCCCCCAUUCGAAUUUUACGCAACCGGUGCCGGGGGUGAUGCUGAUGACGCAGCCAGGAAACUGCGGACAGCGAUCAAACAGCAUCUUGGUGAAGCGAUCAAUGCAACUCAUGACGCGAAGAAGGAGGAGGCAUUGAAUGUCAUCAAUUUUUCUGUAGAACGCGUCUUGUGGCCUAUUUCUCCGCCUGGAAGCGCUUCAGCUGGCCGUGUUGCGGCUCGUGCUAAACAUACGCGGUGA